AUGGCCUCUGUUGGCCUCCAACUUGUAGGCUACAUCCUGGGCCUCCUGGGGCUGCUGGGCACCCUGGUGGCCAUGCUGCUCCCCAGCUGGCGAACCAGCUCCUACGUCGGCACCAGCAUCGUGACGGCAGUCGGCUUCUCCAAGGGCCUCUGGAUGGAGUGUGCUACACACAGCACGGGCAUCACCCAGUGUGACAUCUACAGCACACUUCUAGGCUUGCCCGCUGACAUCCAGGCUGCCCAGGCCAUGAUGGUGACAUCCAGUGCCAUCUCUUCGUUGGCCUGCAUGAUCUCUGUGGUGGGCAUGAGAUGCACAGUCUUCUGCCAGGACUCCCGAGUCAAAGACAGAUUGGCAGUGGUGGGCGGAGUCUUUUUCAUCCUUGGAGGACUCCUGGGCUUCAUCCCUGUUGCCUGGAAUCUUCAUGGGAUCCUGCGGGACUUCUACUCCCCACUGGUACCUGACAGCAUGAAAUUUGAGAUCGGAGAGGCUCUUUACCUGGGCAUUAUUUCCUCCCUGUUCUCCCUGGUAGCUGGAAUCAUCCUCUGCUUUUCCUGCCCACUCCCGGGAAAUCGCUCCAACUACUAUGACGCCUACCAGGCCCAGCCCCUCGCAACUCGGGGCUCUCCAAGGCCUGGUCAACCACCCAAGGUCAAGAGUGAGUUUAACUCCUACAGCCUGACAGGGUAUGUGUGA